AUCGUGACCAUAUCAAGAUCAGUAUCACAGGCAACGACAAUGCGGACGCUUCUUUACGAGAGAGUUGGGGCGUAUAUAUACCGCCAGGAUAUGAGAGUAACGAGUUCAAGCGUUCUCACCACCCUCACACCGUUUCGCUUGCGCACUAGACCAGCAACAUGACCGAAGCUCCGAAGGCAAAGAUGCAAUAUGUCCGUCUGGGCAACUCCGGGCUGAAGGUGUCCAAGAUUAUACUUGGAUGCAUGUCCUACGGUAUCAAGAGCUGGGCAGAUUGGGUCCUCGAAGAAGAGGAGGCCAUCAAGCACAUCAAAUAUGCGUACGACGCCGGCAUCCAGACGUUCGACACUGCCAAUGUCUACUCUAACGGUCACUCGGAGAUCAUCCUUGGCAAUGCCAUCCGGAAGCUCGGGCUUCCGCGAGAGGAGUUGGUCAUCUUGACCAAGCUCUACGGUGCGGUGCCUCCGGACUCGACAAUUAGCAUCGUGCGCUCUGGCAAGACGCCUGAGGAAUUUGGUAUCAUCAACCAGAAGGGGUUGAACCGCAAGCACGUUUUCGACUCUGUCAAGGCGAGCCUGAAGCGUCUCCAACUCGACUAUAUCGAUGUUCUGCAAUGCCAUAGGUUUGACCCGACGACGCCGAUCGAGGAGACCAUGCAGGCAUUGCACGACGUCGUCCAAGCUGGUUACGUUCGCUACAUCGGAAUGAGCUCGUGCCAUGCCUAUCAAUUCCAUGCCAUGCAAAACUACGCAAUCAACAACAAGCUCACACCAUUCAUCUCGAUGCAGAACCACCAUAACUUGAUCUAUCGCGAGGAGGAGCGCGAGAUGUUCCCGACAUUGAAGCUCUUCGGUGUUGGCUCAAUCCCCUGGUCACCGCUCGGGCGUGGCGUGCUUACGCGCCCGUUCUCUGUGACGCUCGAGAAGGGCACCUCGCGCACCAAGUCUGACGGAUGGGUACACGGGUACGCCGGAGCGGGGACGUCCGCGAUCGUCGCGCGCGUCGAGGAGCUGGCGCAGAAGAAGGGCAUGACGAUGGCACAGAUCGCGCUCGCGUGGGAACUCGCCAGGGAAGAGGUAACCGCACCCAUUGUUGGCACAACGAGUCUGCAGAACCUGAAGGAGAUCAUCGAUGCACUCGAUGUCAAACUCGACGAGGAGGAGGUCAAGUACCUCGAGGAGCCAUACCAGCCGACCGCGAUUUUCGGGCACUAGUAAACGGCUAUCCCGCUUGUAUAUAGCUCUGCACAGGCUUUUGUGUAUUCGCCGACAGUACUUGAGUUUCGGAGUGCAUCGAGAAAGACGCAGUCAUGAGAACUUU